UGUAUUUCGUUUUUAUUAGGGAAGUUUAUUUGUGUGAAGAUGGGGUGGGGAGAAGCUGUGAAGUUACUUGAACAGUGUGUGAACAAUACAGAACUAUAUGCGAGAUCAACUAAAGAGUCAAAGAUUUUGUUGCAAGCUCAGGAAGAAGUAUCAAUAGCCAAAAACUGGCUAAAUAUUGAAGAAUUUGAAUUGAACUCCUCCUUGGUAUGGCGUUUUGGAAAACGAUUGAACCAAGAAGGACAUUGUUCUGUGCUAAUGCAAGCUUUUGGUCAAGAAAACUUAACGUUUAAGAUAGAACUGGCCAAGACAAAGAAAUAUUACGAAGUGACAGAUGGGAAACUGAGUGUCUGUAAUCACUGUAAAAUCAGUUUUGACUCGUUCCAGCUGUUCACCGACCACGUUUUCGAGAAACAUUAUUUAGCCCAGAACUGUCGCUGGCAAUGUAAUGUCUGUAAUUCUAAGUCCUUUCCAUACUUUGAGGCCUUCCAGUCCCAUGUUUACCACAACCAUCGUGUCGAAACCACCGUAACAGUACAGUUUCAGUGGGUGGACCUGCAAAAAACUGGUACAUAUCUCGAAAAGGCGACAUUUUAUGAACAAUAUGAAUGCGAGACCACUCUGCAAAUGCUGAUCAAGUUAGGGGAGUCUGUUUUGUCAAAUUUUGGAAGCUACUGGGUGUUUUUCUGGAAUUGCCAGGAUUUCGCAACGUGGUACCUCUAUACACUCGGGAUUCCGUUGUCUCUCUUGGGACCAACACAUUCUGACAGACUUACAGGAUCGGGAUCAGCUGGUUUUCUUGUCCAAAGAGCCAAAGCUAUAGCAUGGUUUAAAACUGUUUCGAACUGUGAAGAACAACUGUUGAAACCAUUGACGUAUACACCCGUUCUUUGUUGUCAAUGUCCAUAUCUUCCACCGAUGCGUCUGGAGCAUCUCCAUCUUCACUUGAAACUAGCCCAUCCUCUGAUACACAAUAGAGUGGCAGAGAAUCCAGAGGAGUCGGAAAACUUGGAACGAACAUUGCAUUUACUGGAUUAUAUAGAAGACAAGAAACAAGAUUCAGACACUUGGAGCACUAGGCUAAAAGAAAUAGCGGAAUUGUUUUCUUGGAAAAUCUGCCCUGCACGUGGCCUAGGUGAAAGCCAGUCAAGCUUCUACAUUCAGAAAAUACUUCAAGAACUUAACGAAAGCUUUAACGAUAAAUUAUUUUCCAGUCGUUUGAUGGAUUUUGAAGUUUACACUUUCACAGGAAGUUCCGUUGCAAGUCACCAUUCGGUUCUAUUACAUCCAGUUGGGAACGCUUUGUGUUUCACUUUGGAGAUCAGGAAGACAGACAUAUGUGGUUAUUUUCAUCCUUUUACCCAAGUCUCAGACUUUACCAGUUUUAAAAAAACAAAACUGAAGUUUGCUGGGCUUGCAAAGACGAAGACGUUACAAUCGCUGGUCACGUUGUUUAUAGAUUUGUUGCUCAAUGGUCAGAAAGAGAAGGAUGAGUGUAUUGGGUUUUGUAUUCGAUUUGUUCACCUGAUUUAUCCCGAAAAACCUCGGGCUGACCGUAGUACUUUACAUCUGCUUGGCUCAAUCAGUUCUGUGUAUAAGCUUCGACUCCUUGCUAAAAGAUAUGAACAAGUCUGGUUUUCUUUUCUCUUUUUUUUAAGUAAUCAUUUUCUGUCUUAUUUCUGGUUUUAUUCUCUGUACAUUUUUAUCAUUCCUUACAUCAUGGGUAGAACAGUCGAGUUUCUGUUUUGGGGGUACAAGUUUAUUAUUUAUUUAUGGAAGGCGGGAAAACAUAGCUCCUCAUACCACAUUAUUUGCUGGUGCUAUCCUGCAGUUCAAGAGGGUUUGUUGUAUUAUAAGCUUUUAUUAUGUCCAAACGAUCCCUCAUUUAUUAUUAUGCUGUAUGCUUUGAUUAUUUGGAGACAAAGCUACCAUCGUAAAGAAGGCUUAGUGUCCCUUUUUAUAAUGCAAGCCAAGACUGGGGUUCAGGAGCCUGUGCAAAUGGCAACAGACUGGAUGGCAGUGUUGAGAAUCCGAAAAUGUUCUAUUUAUCUACUGCUCCAUCUGGCGUUAUUACUUGUAGAACUAUGUAUUAGCUGUUUCCUGCAGCAAAGAGUUUCUGCAUGGGAUAUGAUCUUUUUCCUACUAGCUUAUUCCAUGAAAACACAUUAUCUCUACCUUAGUAAGGAGGUAAACCUAGAAAUAAGCUAUAUAGGCCUUGAGAAAGAGUUUUUUGAUAAGAAAUCCAUCACUGCUGUUUCCAGACCCAAAUGUGCCUUAUGGUCCUCCGUACAACUUCUAGUACGUGGGAAGUCUUUGCUGAAAUCUCCGGAUUCGGAUGCCAUUCUUUAUUCACAGAUAUUGGCAAAAUUAUUUUUCAAAAUCACUAUGGUGUCAUCAGCGUGUUUCGUUAUUUUUAUGGUGUUAAUAUUUGGAAGUCAAAUUCCUUCUUACUGCUUCAUCACGGUAAUUCUUUAUGUAGAAGCUAUUGAAAAAUUUUAUAUGCACCACGAAUUUCGCCUUCAAUGGACUUCGUGUCUCACCAGCCAAAACUCUUUGAACUUUAGUGUGUCUUUACCAUAUUCACUCCUCAAGAAACCACACGAUUCAACAUCAUUGGUGGAGAUUUACAGUCUGUUUCAGAAUAAACAUGAAGAUUAAAGCAGGGCCUUUUACACGCAUUGAUAAAACAUACUUUAAAUUUAAAAGACAUCGACUGUAGAUUGUAUUAAGUCAUGGUUUGUUUUGACGAUCAGUAAAAAGUUUAUCUUAACAUUAAACGUAAUCGUAGUAUAUAUCGGACUAUUAAUUCACUGUCGUGGCUUUUUCAUCGCAUUUUUUUUUUCUGAAACUCAUAUUAAAAAUGAUAUUUGUUUUCAUAUCAAACAUUACUAGGCAUUUUGAGUGAUAGGACAAUGUCAGUUGUUGAAUUAGUAGUGCCAUCUGGAAAUAUAUUAAAACAUAUCAGGGUGAUCCACUUUCCAACUCCAAUGGGAAUUCGGAGAAACUGGAUUUGUGCCAUGCCAGAAAGAAACAUAAAUAUAAAUAUUUUUAAUGAUCUUAAAGAAAAUGGAGAAAAGAAGAGUUACUUUCGGAAAAAACGGCAACUUUCCGGAAGUAAUCAGAAAAGAACAGAUACACAAGAUGAAUAAAAACUGGUAAUUUAUGCGCACAUUUCAUGGAGGUAGUAAUUAUUGAUUUAUAAAAAAAAUAUUCUCAAACACUACAUUUUAACAAUAUGUAGAUUUGACCUUCUCUGUGAAAUUUCAAAAAUGAAAUUAAAAUCAUUAAUAUGAAUUAUAAAGCUGUUUAAAAUAAGUCUUAAUCAACGAAAUUUAGUUCCAUAUAGGUAAUGCUUUAAAUUACGAGAAAAUUAUAUGAAACAAAGUAGAGGGAGCUUUUUCCCUCCAUUAUUUUUCAGAAGGGUGGUUAAAUUAGCCUAUAACAGUUUAAGACAUUAAUUUUUAGUCGAUUUGGCGUAUUUUACCUAGGUUAUGUUUAUCUAUAUGCAACAGUUUGUAAUUCUGAAGUACAAUUUUAUUUUAUUCGUUGAUAUUUUUGGGAUUGCAUUACUCCAUUGCUUGAAGUAUUUGAAAAUUUAACUAUACUUUUUCAACGUGUUUCCUGAAAAACAAAUGGAAAUGAGGGUGUAACUUGUAAGAGCCUUACUCCAUUGAUGUUUUAAGGGUUAAGAUUUU